AUGCUAGGAUACGGAACAUAUCUCAUCGCGUUCUUGAGCCUUCUCGGAUUCAGUAUCUUGGCCGCCCUCUACAUGUACAAACCCACCCACUCCCAGAGUCAAGAGCUAGGACAAUACGAGACCGCGAUAUUCAGGGCCAAGGAGGUGGCUUGUGCAUUCCCGGCAUCUGGCCAAUACGGAACUACCCUGCAGUGGACAUACUACGCGCUGCUGGUUGUAACUGUAACCCUUCGUCACCAAGAAUGGCUUGCAGCAGGGACCGCAGCAUACGCAUUGACAUACUCGGGUGUUGCUACUAUACACCUGGUUGUUUUGUUCGCCGUCUACAAUCGGUUUCCCGGCGAUCCUGCACGUUCCUCGUGUCACACAUGGAAUCUAGGCGGCGGCGUAGAGGAGGCAGUACCUCAGGUGCCAAUAUGUACGGGUGUAUACGAUCCGGAUUCUACGGAAGCCUGUACUGUUGUGGGUGCUGGGCUACUUGCUGUGCUACCCAUGGCGACAUGGUCGAGAACCUUCCAACACGUGUCAGCCAAACCGAUCCUUGUCAUGUGGACUCUUAUGCUGGCGGUCGGUCAUAUGGUCUACAAUUUAAUCAUAUCGGACGACCACAGACACUACCAGAUCUGCUCGGCCAGUGUCGAGGAACCGCUGCCAGGUCGCGGGUAUAACGCAGUACCCUUUGAUGCAGACUGGAAGCAGAGCUUCAAUGAAAUCAUUAGAGGGUUUCCAGUAUCCAGCUCAUCCAAUCAAUCAUGCAUAUACACUUGCUUUGAAAGCGAUGCGUACAUUGGCCGGAUGGCUGAUGAUAUUGGCGUAUAUCAUGCGAACAUACUGAAAUUGAACAAGAGUCAGGGCUCGCGAAGUCUAGGUAUUGCAUAUUGGUUUCUCUAUCUUUUGCUCGCCACUGCUGUCGUGCUAGCGGAGAAUUCCAAACGGUGUAAGAAAUCUCAAUUAGCUGCGUACGGGCGCAGAUUUGUGCAAUUCGUUAGUGUUGCGGCAUACAUUGGUUACGUGGCAUGGCUGGGAGUGCAGCCGAGUCACGGGGGUUUGCCUCAGUCUGAAUCUUUUAAUUCAGUUGGACAAUGGAGUGUCGUUGCGAUUAUCGUCAUGGCAUUGAUGGCAGCAGUCACAAGCAAGAUUACGGCAGCUUACUGGUGUGAACGAACGGAAAAACGAGGAACGAAUGUUGGGAAAGAAGAAGACGAGCUACCGCUCUGGAGUUGUGACGUUGGAUAUGCGUCUUGA